AUGCCUAACUCAACUAGAGGAAGACAAGGAGCCCAUCAGGUGAAAUGCGACCAGCCAACCGGUCCCUGCGCUCAAUGCAAGCGCAUGGGUUUGAAAUGCACCGGCUUAUCUGAGGAGAGUGUGACUCCUCAGGAGCGGCAUGCGAUCGUCAAUGACGCUUUUCGCCAUGCAGGUCGACAUAGACGUGCGGUAGGCGCUUGUCAUGAGUGUCAGAUGUCGAAAAUGCGAUGUAAUCGUGGAAAGCCUCGCUGUGAGCGAUGCACAUCGAAAUCUAUUCACUGUACCUAUCCAUAUGAAUAUGGACGACGGCGUCGUGCCGAGGCAGAGACGAGAGAGGCAUUGCAACCAUCUGCGAUUGCUUUAUCUCCCCAGCUCCAGGCCAUGGGUAAUGCUAGUAAUAUCGAAUGGUUGGUUGAUAGACAGCAUGUUAAUGCGCGUGAUGUACUGAUGUUCAUCUAG